UCAAUUUUUUAUCAUGGAAAAAUGAAAAUUUAAAUUUGAAAAAGUUCAGUUCAACUGAAUUUGAGAAUUUCAACUGUAGCUUUAGAUUUCGAAUAGUUAAUAAUUGUAUAGUAAAUUUCACACUAUUGAAAGAGUAAAAUGUUCGCGAACGAAGAAAACCAAAGAAGGAAGUUCAAGAGGAGGAAACGAAGAAGAACUAACGAGAAAAUGAAGACAAUCAUAAAAAACAUCGAACAAGAAAUCGAAACGCAGCUCGAAGCGAACAACGAACGAGAUGAUUUCGUCACCAACAACAUCGAACCAAUUCUAAAAGAAGUCAUAAUGGACGAAGAUAUAAAAGAAAUGGUACGACGAACAAUCCUGCGAGGUGAUUCAGAAAGUCCUUACGAACCGAAACUAACUCGAGCUAAAAUUCGAGAAUUACUCAAGGUACGUCCAGAAUUAUCGCUUCCAAUGGUAUGGCCAAUUACUGCCAAAAAGGAAACAAACUUCGUUUCCGAAUGUUUAUCGCUCAUCAAUGAAAAUUAUUCAGAAAAUUCGUCCGAAGACGAAGAAUACAUACCAGAUGAAGAACACGAAAAUUUGAAUGAUCCUUCUUCGUCGUCGACUUUCAAUGGGUUACAGAAUACAUCGAUGGGAAGUACUUCAGAUGCAGUUUCUUCGUAUUCUAAAGAUAAUUCGUAUUCUUUUUUUCCCGUACAAGAAGAGAAUAUUGGUCAACGUACGAGAUCAAAAUUACCUUUGACGGAUACGCCUUUGGAAGUUAUCGAACAAGCUUUUGAGCCACCGGAUAUUACAGCAGAUAUGUACGACCUCGAAUGCGAUAACGAAGAUUGGUUCGAUUUCAUACAAAACUUUCAUAAACCUCUUGAUAAAACCAAAGGCAACGAACCGACUGAUAAUGACGAUGAUCUGGAUGAUCCAGAGUAUAACAUCACGAACGACGUUGAAACCGUGGACAAAGAAGAAUUACGAAAAGAUCGAGGAGUCGAUGUACCUCAAGAAGAAGUGCGCGAUUUGAUCGCUGAACUGUGGAGAGAAUGUGCUCCUUCGAUCGUCGGUGACAUGAGAUCGAAUAAAGAAGCUAGUCAACCUCAAUCCGAAGAUCCGAAUUCGUUCAAUCUCCUGAACACCAACGAAGCUCCUCUUCCUCAUUCAUUCGAUGUUCUCAGCACAAACCAAAUUCCUCCUCUAAUCAAUAACGCUACCACUGAAACUGCUUGCUCAAAUCAGAAUCCGGUCACAAUUAACGACCCGAAUCCCGAACACAAAGAAAUACCGAAACUACUUCCAGCCCAGUGUCGUUUACUAAAACAACAAUUGGCGCAACAUGUGCAAAUUCUUACGCAGAAUUUCUUACAAUUUCACAAACAUCCCAUUUAUUAUGGUUACGCUGAUGUAAUGAAGACUUUAUUGUUCAGUAUUGAUAAUCUAUCCGGUGAUAAUCAACAUUCGUAUUUUUCCACCGUCAACUUAAAAAGCGCUGUUCGAGUCGUCAACCAAUGGGAAAAAUCACGUGCCAAAGUUCCCGAACCAAAACUCAACAUUUUCGAACGAUUUUCAAAAAGGAGGAAACCACAAAUUGAGUGUUUUUCCAAAGAUUUAAUGAAAACAGUUACGAUGAGUGAUGUAUUUCUGUAUCCAUUGUUGUUGCCUCAUGUGCCUUUUUCUUCGUCCAUUCAAGUCGUCAAAUAUAAAACGUCUAUGAUCGAAUCUGAAGAAUGCUUGUUGGCGUACGGUUUAGAAGCGUUCAUGGGAUACGUUAAACCAAAAAAUGGCACGAAAAAUCAAGACGAGCUGCUAAAAGAAGCAAUUUCUCUAAUCACUUCCCAUCUACUGCCUUGUUUCACCAAAAAGUUCAUAUUGCAGUAUAUUAAGAAAAAACGAGCUGAUUCGAAGCCAAAUCCUAUUAAACGAUAUUUCGAGAAGGGAAAAGCCCCUUCGUUAACGCAUUAUGUGAUACCAGUUGUUCUUCAACCAUUAUUCAAGCAGCCUUCUAACCUGUUACCAGAUGUUUGGGCCGAAUAUGUUGAAAAAAAUUACUUAGUUGUAAAGAUUAAGUAAUAAUAUGUAUUGUGAUGAACAUGUGAUGGGACAUGUGGAUAUACGCUUAUUGUUUAAACUUUUUUCAUUCUAUCCUAUUUUGUUUAAUUUUUAGUAGUUCUACAUGACUUUAAAAACAUAUGAACCAAAUAAAUUUUAUAACGUUUUGUUUUUCGUA